ACUAAUUUAGUAUGUUUAAAAGUUGAAUUUAAUCACCGAGCAUUUAACUCAGUAAUUGGUGCAGUGUCAUCUGCUUAAAAAAGAGGAUUUGAAUCCCAAAUGAAUUCGAAAAUUUAUGCCACACGCUUAUGACAUUCUACUUUAUGCAGGGCUGUGACGCAUCUAUUCUCAUAGAUUCAACCAGCAAAAGCCAAUCAGAGAAAGAUGCAGGGCCUAACUUUACGGUACGUGGAUUCGAGCUCAUUGAUGAAGUCAAGAAAAACCUAGAAGCAGCAUGCCCUUCAAAAGUUUCUUGUGCUGAUAUUAUAACAUUAGCAACCCGAGAUGCUGUGUUUCUAUCAGGAGGACCCUUUUAUCCUGUUCCUACAGGAAGGCGAGACGGUCUAGUCUCUAAUCCUGACGAAGUAAAUUUACCAGGCCCAACAUUGUCUGUUUCACUGGCUUUCCAAGCUUUCAGUGCUAAAAAUAUGACCAUGGAUGAUAUGAUUACCCUUUUAGGUGCACAUACAGUUGGUGUUGCUCAUUGUAGUUUCUUCUUAGACAGGAUUACAAAUUUCCAAGGAACUGGCCGCCCUGAUCCUACAAUGGAUCCUGCUCUGGUUGUGACUCUAAGGAGGAUUUGUGGUGCAGCCAAUGAUUCCAAUCCUGACCCUACAGCAUUUCUAGACCAGGCCACUCCUUUUACUGUUGAUAAUCAAUUCUUCAAGCAGAUUGGUUUGAAGAGAGGAAUAAUGCAGAUUGAUCAAGAAUUAGCUAAUGAUCCAUUGUCCGGACCUAUUGCUUCAGGUUAUGCAACAAAUGCGACUCUAUUUACAACCAGGUUUGCACAGGCUAUGGUGAAGAUGGGCAGCAUCCAAGUUCUAGUGGGAAAUGCUGGAGAAAUUAGGAAAAAUUGUAGAGUUUUUAAUCCCAGACGACGAAGAGCCUUUUAAAUUGAGUUGCAAAGCAAAGAGCCUUCAAAUUUGCUCUUUUCUUGCAAGUUGCUUGAAAUUCAGCUCUAUUUUUCCCGAAUUCAAACUCGAUUUUUCAAAAUUCUUAAUAAAUAA